CGACGGCCUCCUGUGGACGCUCUGGCCGCCGCCUGCGCUCUAUGGCCUUUCCUCAGAGCGAAACGGGAACGGCUUCGGCGCCGGCUGGGCCCGUUGCCUUCGCUGAGCGGAGCGGAGCGAGCAGGACUGAAGGAAUGUGAAGAUGAGUACUGCAGCUAUGUACCAACUUUCCCAUGGGGAUAAGAACAUGUAUUACAUCCUGACUGAAAACCACCCUUAUGGCAGCAAAUUUUUCCCUGCAGGGAGUAUGUGUUACCUGAACGAACAGUCUUACUUACGGUGCAUCAGAUUAUCACCCACUCGCUUCUUGAGGGUUGUCAUGGAGCAAGACGGAUCCGUGGUCACUUUGGAUGCUGAAAUUCUGCAGCCUUUGCAUGACAAGGUGGCUGAUUAUCUUUCAGCCAUCAGCAAUAUUCAUGAACGGUUGAACUGUUUUCUGGACAGGCAUGUUCUGGAUGCAGCCAUGAAUGCCAAACAGGGUCAGCAAGUCUUUGUGGAACUGGACCAUCAGACUUUCUCUGGUACCAUCUGCUACAUUGGGAAGGUUCAUAGGAGCCCUUUACCAUCUGGGCUCUGCCCAGUUUACUUUGGUGUAGAGCUGCAGGGUGACGGUGAAGGCAAAGGCCACUGUGAUGGUACCUACAAUGGGACAGAAUACUUCAAAUGUAAAAAGGACUGUGGCCUUUUCCUCCCAUGCAACAAACUGCAGUUUGUAUCAGCACCAGAGAAGGGCAUGGCGAAGCAAGAGGCAAAUCCGGACGCAGUUGGGGCAUCUCCAGUGAAAGUGGGGGACACCAUCGGCUUCUAUUUGGACGAUGCCUUCAUGCGAGGAAUAGCAAUGGAUAUAUUCAAGGAGGAAAACACCUGGAUGGUUAAAGUGUGUCCGGAGGAAGAAGGAUCAGCAGAUGUUUUCCGUGUUAUCCCCAUGGACUCUGUGGUUCAAGAGGAGCUGCUUUCCCCAGGAUUUGAAGUGGAUACUGAUACUGGGCUCCAGGACCAGCCUCAGCGCAAGAGAAGUGAGAGUGCAGAGGAUCUGGAAAGCAAGUCACCCUCCCUUGACGUGAACUCAGUGGUACGGAUCAACUUGGACAAGGGGAACUCGGUCACAGGAACAAUCUGUUGGAUUGGCUGUCUGCCUGAAAAUCGGCAGAAAAUGGCUGGAGUUGAGCUGGAUGAAGAUAAGGGUGUUUCUGAUGGCGAGUUGCAGGGGGUGCGCUACUUCUCUUGCCCCCCAAAGCGUGGCCUCUUUGUGAGGCUGGAGUCGUGCCAGCCAGACAUGCGCUUCCAGUCCGUCAGCCACACUUCCCCGGAGUCCACAGAGUUGAGUGGACUGGAUGCUCCUGCUGUCCUAAGCAACUUGCCCCCUCUCAGGGAUGAUGUGGCUGUGAAUGUCCUGGAAGGGCGGAUGAGGGGGAUCCAGGGCCACUGCAAUUCUUGCUACAUGGAUGCUGCACUUUUCAGCCUCUUCUCCUGCACCUCUGUGUUGGAUUCCAUGCUCUUCAAACCCUCCCUCCCACCUGAUGGACAAGUUCAGAAUAUCCUCCGGGACAAGAUAGUCAACCCUCUCAGGCAGAAAGGAUUUGUUGCUGCUAGCAAUGUGAUGGACCUUCGGCACCAGUUGACUGAGAAGGGGGAGUGUUCCAGCUUUGCCACUUCUGAGAAAGACCCUGAGGAGUUUCUUAAUCUCAUCAUGCAUCACAUCCUUGGGAUAGAGCCGCUUCUGAAGCUGCAGUCUGGAAGGCUCAAGGAGCAGGAGUGCUACUGCUACCAGAUAUUCAUGGACAAGCAGGAGGACUUGGUGGUGCCCAACGUGCAGCAGCUGGUAGAGCAUUCCUUUCUCUCAUCUGAUCUCAAGCUGGUGGAGAUUCCAUCCUGCUUUAUCCUCCAAAUGCCCCGUUUUGGGAAGGAAUACAAAAUGUUCAGCAAAAUCAUCCCCUCCUUGGAGCUGGACAUUACUGACCUGCUGCUGGAUAGUCCCAGGGAAUGCUUUGUGUGCGGAGCUGUGGCCACUCAGGAAUGCUCAGCGUGCUUCAAAGACAAGAUGUUUGCGGACACUGGAUUGAAGCAGUACUGCGAUUCUUGCUGCACUCAGGCUCACUCUCAUUACCAGCGCAAAUCCCAUCAGCUGACAAAGCUGCACAUCCCCGAGGAGUUCUGCAGGGGCAGCCGCCUGGGCAGCCUCCGGGUGCCUCGGGAGAAAUUGGAGCUCUUUGCUGUUCUCUGCAUUGAAACCAGUCACUACGUCUCCUUUGUGAAAUACGGACCAGAGAAAGAGAAUUGGAUGUUUUUUGACAGCAUGGCAGAUAGGCAUGGUGACGAGGACGGCUUCAACAUUCCCACUGUGACUCUGUGCCCAGAGGUUGCCAAGUACCUGGAGAUGCCAGUAGCCACCCUGGCCAUGCAGCAGCCCCGGGACAUGGAAGGAGUAGCUAAGCGCCUCUUCUGUGAUGCUUACAUGUACAUGUACCAAAGCAAGAAAAUGGCACUCUAUAAGUGAGCGGUGGGCUGCUUCUUGCAGUGGAACAGAGAGGAAGGGGCUCUGAUGCUCUUCCACUGCGCUGUCUCUCAUGCUGUUUACAAAAUCACCUCUGGACAAUGGAACCAGUGAAACUACUUUGCCUAGGGCAGGUGAUUCAAACCUGCGAAUCUGGACUUGUCAGAAAUGUGGGACUAGUGUUGGUGGAGCAACCUCCCCUCUCAGUUCCCACACUCCUUUUGGUAAGUGUCUCCCCAGAUGCUCUUGGCACUGCUGUGCCUUGACUUUCCUUUGGGCUACAACUCAGGAAGAAGCAGAAGCUCAAGGCUGGGCUUGGACAAAGACUCUCUGGUCUGUGUACCAGGAAAGUGGCCUGUCUCAGGGUUUCACCUCAGCUGGGUUCCAAAAAUCCAGUACUCUUAUUCUGACCAUUCCUCUUCCUUGGUGGGAAUUGAGUGUCUCAGACAAGAAGCUCUUCCUGCAAUAAAUUCUGGGCUUGACCUGGAAUCCCCAGGGAAUAGCAGACUGCCCCUCCUCUGCACACUAGGUUGUUGGUGUGCUCCUUUGACAUCUGUGGCAGCCCUGUGUGCAUGACUUGCACUUUUAAAUUUGUGUAAUUUGUUUUAGAUGGUAAUUGAGGCUUCAUACUGAAGCGUCUCGAUGCUGACCUGUCUCAGGCAGGACAAGCACUUUGGAUAAAUACCUUUGGUCCCAUCUAGUAAUGGUUUGGGGAGAAAAUGGCCCAAGUGUGUGGAGAUGGCUCUCACGCCUUCUGCUUUUUCAGCCUUUACAACUUUCACAAGAAAGUGUGGCAGCCAGGGCUGUGGGCUAUUAUAUACACCCAUCCAGAGCAGCAGGUGCCCUGGCAGUCUGGUGACUCCUGGGGAAUGGCCUGGCCUGCCUUACUGUGAAUUCAACAGCACUGUUAUUAAGCCUCCUGUGUGAGCUGUCCUUGUACAGCAGUGCAGAGCUAAGAGAGUAAGUGAAACGUGAUCCUUUGGACUUCUUCCCCCUCUCAAAUUCUGUGAUGGUAUCUUGACAGUUUAUCUCCCGUGGGUUAGAAUGACCCCCCCCCCCGCCCCACUCUCUCCCCACCCCACCCCCCAAGUUGACAUAUCUUCUUGGUUUCCAUCUCUAAAUAGUUUGAGUUUGGUGUUUCAGACAUUCUCCCCAAGUAUAUUGAGC